UGUAUCUGGGAAAGGAUCCUGGAACUAGUCUGUUCAUGCAAGGAUCGGACAAGGAAUAUGUGGGUUUUGCAGCCCUUCCCAACCAGCUGCACCGCAAGUCGGUCAAGAAGGGGUUUGACUUCACACUCAUGGUGGCAGGGGAGUCUGGCCUGGGAAAAUCCACCCUCAUCAACAGUUUGUUCCUCACCAACCUCUAUGAGGAUCGGCAGGUGCCAGACGCCAGUGCUCGCUUGACACAAACUCUGACCAUCGAGCGCAGGGGUGUGGAGAUAGAGGAGGGGGGUAUCAAGGUGAAGCUGACCUUGGUGGACACGCCUGGAUUUGGGGACUCUGUGGACUGCUCAGACUGCUGGCUGCCCGUGGUACACUUCAUUGAGGAGCAAUUUGAGCAGUAUCUUAGAGAUGAGAGUGGCCUGAAUCGGAAGAACAUUCAAGACUCCAGAGUCCACUGUUGCCUCUACUUCAUCUCACCCUUCGGCCGGGGGCUUCGGCCCCUAGAUGUGGCCUUCCUCCGGGCAGUGCAUGACAAAGUCAACAUCAUCCCAGUCAUUGGCAAAGCAGAUGCCCUGAUGCCUAAGGAAACUCAGGUGCUCAAGCAGAAGAUCCGAGAUCAGUUGAAGGAGGAAGAGAUCAACAUCUACCAGUUCCCAGAAUGUGACUCUGAUGAGGAUGAAGACUUCAAGAAGCAGGACGCAGAGAUGAAGGAAAGUAUACCUUUCGCAGUCGUGGGUUCAAGCAAGGUGGUGAAAAAUGUUGGAACCAGACCAGUGAGGGGACGCUGCUAUUCCUGGGGUACUGUGGAGGUGGAGAAUCCACAUCACUGCGAUUUCCUGAACCUGAGACGCAUGCUGGUGCAGACACACCUUCAGGACUUGAAAGAGGUCACGCACGACCUGCUCUACGAGGGUUACCGAGCUCGCUGCCUACAGAGCCUUGUUCGACCUGGGGCUCGGGAUCGAGCCAGUCGCAGCAAGCUUUCCCGCCAGAGCACCACAGAGAUCCCGCUGCCCAUGCUGCCGCUGGCCGAGACGGAGAAGUUGAUCCGCGAAAAGGACGAAGAGCUGCGCCGUAUGCAAGAGAUGCUCGAGAAGAUGCAAGCCCAAAUGCAGCAAGGCCAGGCUCAGGGUGAGCAGUCGGAUGCUUUUUGAGGACCUCCUGCCACCGCCUUGUCUUACAUCCGCCCCACCUUCAGUCUCUCUUAGCCAAUCCCCGGGCUCUAGACUCCCCAGUGGGUAGGCCCGCCCUUGGCCCUUGCUUUGUUUAGGUUCAUGCUAAAGGCUCGCCCCAAAACCCAGAAUUGCCAGGUGUGGUGGCGCACGACUUUAAUCACAGGCAGAGGUAGGAGGAUCGCUGUUGAGUUCGAGGCCAGCCUGGACUGCAGACUGAGUUCCAGGUCUGCCUGGGCUAAAGUGAGACUCUAUCUCGAACCCCUCCUCCGUAAAAAACAACCAAACAAAACCCAACAAAAUGUGUCGCCCUCUCCAUCGGCCCCGGCUCCUUUUGUUCCCGGGAGGGAGGGUCUCCAGCCCAACUCCGGAUUCCCCUCUUCACCUCUCGGCCUCCCCAUCUAUUCUCUGUCAUCAAUAAAAAUAGCUUCCCUGA